GAGCCGGGCCCGGGCCGCGGGGCGCGAGUCGCCAUGCUGAGGACGGCGUGGAGGGCCCUGCGGUCGCUCGCGGCCCCGGCAGUGGCCCGGGCCUCAGUCCCCGGGCUGCCGGGCGGAGCGCCCAGGCCUCCCUCCCGCCGCUGGGGCCUUCCCUGUCCUCGAGGUGUCAUCGUCCCGGCCGGGCACGGAUAUGCCACCCAGAAGGCAGUCCAGCCCACCCAAGAUGACCCACCUCCUUCGACGCUGCUCAAAGACUACCAGAAUGUUCCUGAUAUUGAGAAGGUUGACGAUGUCGUGAGAAGACUCUUGUCUUUAGAAAUGGCCAGCCAGAAGGAGAAGCUAAAAAUCAAGCACCAGCAGCUGAUGAGCAAGAUUGUGGCAAACCCUGAGGACACCAGCUCCCUAGAGGCUCGAAUUGUUGCCUUGACUGUCAAGAUCCGCAAUUUUGAAGAACACAUGCAGAAACACCGAAAGGACAAAGUGCACAAGCGCUAUCUGCUGAUGAGCAUCGACCAAAGGAAAAAGUUGCUCAAAAACCUCCGUAAGACCAACUACAGCGUCUUCGAGAAGACAUGCAAGGAGCUAGGGAUUGAGUACACCUUCCCCCCUCUGUACCACCGGAAAGGCCACCAACGCUGGGUGACCAAGAAGGCCCUGUGCAUUCGGGUUUUCCAGGAGGCACAGAAGCUCAAGAAGCAAAAAAGGGCCUUAAAAGCUAAAGCAGCAGCCCAGAAACAAGGCCAGAAGAACCCAGAGAGCCCUUCCAAAGCUGAACCAGAAGCAGUCAAAGAAAACCAAUAAAUUGAUUAGAGUCCUGUC